CGCGCGGGCCGGCCGCAGUGCCGCGCGCUCCGCCCCCGGCGCCCGACGACUGUUCUUUAUUUGAAAUUUUACUUUUUAAUAAUGGCGCGAAGUUUCGCUUCCCUCGCCGCCGUCGCGAUCGUGCUGGCUGGCGUGACGUCAUCGCUGGCGGCUGCCCGCUCGUUCUCGGACAGCUGCGGCGACGUGGCGGCGCGCACCGACGCCGGGCUGGUCUGCGGGCGGCGCCGCGCGCACCAGUACAGCCUCUACGCCAGCUUCCGCGGCAUCCCCUACGCCAAGCCGCCGCUCAACGAACUCAGGUUUCAGGCGCCGCAGCCCGUGGAGCCAUGGAAGGACUACCUGAACGCGACAGUCGAGGGUCCCAUCUGCCCUCAACAGACCAUCUUCUACGGUCCACUCAUGGAGCCGCGCGGCAUGGACGAGGACUGCCUCACCAUCAACGUGCACACUCCAAUGGACGCCUUUAUUGAGGUGCAGGACGCGGCGCCGCCCGAGGUGGACCUGGUGCCGCCGUACCGCGCCGGCGAGGUGCGCCGCAACUUCACCGGCGUGCCCAUCGUCGUGUGGAUACACGGGGGAGGGUUCGGCUUCGGGUCCGGAGACUCGGACGUGUAUGGACCGGAGUAUCUGGUCGCUAAGGGCGUGAUGGUCGUCACUUUCAAUUAUAGACUGGGCGCGCUGGGCUUCCUGUCGCUCAACACGUCGGCGGUGCCGGGCAACGCGGGGCUGCGCGACAUGCUGGCGGCGCUGCGCUGGGUGCGGCGCAACGGCGCGCGCUUCGGCGGCGACGUGAGCCAGGUCACGCUGGCGGGGCACAGCGCCGGCGCCGCCGCCGCCCAUCUGCUCACCCUGGCGCCGGCCACACAGGGCAUGGAGCUGUUCCAUAAAGCGGUGCUGAUGAGCGGCGCGGCGGCGCGCGGCUUCGUGGCCUCGUCGCCCGUGUACGCGGCCUUCGCGGCGGAGACCUUCCUGCAGAUGCUGGGCGUGAACGGCUCCGACCCCGAGCAGGCGCGGCGCGAGCUGCAGGCCGCGCCCGCCGAGCGCCUGCACGACGUGGCCGCGCUGCUGCAGGACCUGUUCGGCCUCAGCGUGUUCUACCCGGUGGUGGAGGCGCCGCACGCCGGCGUGGAGCCCGUGCUCGACGACGACCCCGAGGCGCUCGUGUCCAAGGGCCGCGGCAGCGACAUCCCGCUCAUGAUCGGCUUCACGGAGAACGAGUGGGAGUCGUUCCGGCCCAGGUUCGUCGAGAUCAGCAUCGUGGACAUUCUCCAAAUGAAGGAAGAGGUCCUGCUGCCUCCCGGCGUGCUGUACAAGUCGGAUCCUAAGGACUUGAAGAGCAAACUCGACCUGGUGAAGGCGCGAUACUUCCCAAAUAAUGAGACGACGCUGGACGAGUUCGGGCAGCUGCUGACGGAGUCGUACUUCCAGUACCCGGCGCUGUUCACGGCGCAGCGGCGGCUGGCGCUGGGCGGCGCGCCCGCCUUCCUCUACCAGUUCAGCUACCGCGGCGAGCACCGCGCCAUCGAGAACCAGGGCUUCCAGUACGGCGGCGCCGUGCACCUCGAGGACGUGCUCUACGUCUUCAAGGUCAACUCCAAGGCGCAGAUACCGGACGAGAAGCUCCAGGACAGCACGGACAGCAAAAUGCAGCAUUGGAUGACGAUGCUCUUCACAGAUUUUAUGCGCACCGGAAGCCCAGUGGGCGCGGACCGCAGCGCCGACGCGUGGCCGCCGGUGCGCGCGGGAGACUUCAGGUACCAGGACAUCAGGGCGCCCGAGCUGCGCAUGCUGAACCUCACGGCGGCGCAGCGCGAGAUGGUGCAGUUCUACGAGAACCUCUACAGCAACAGCUGAGCGCUAGAGUACCAGGACUGUAUAGCUUGCGGGAGUUCUUAUGGACCGAUUGAAAACGGGUACAACACCCACGGUGGUGUGGAAUUUGUAGUGAUAAGAAUUUGUGUUCGUGUUUAAAGUGUGGUUUGAAUGUGUGGAAUAAAUUAAGAAGUAUUUUUAUAAGAUAGAUUCAAAUGUACGCAUUUGGUUUAAUAAAUAGUUAGUUGUUUAUUUUGGUCAGCGGUGGUGUGCAAAAUUUUAA